AUGCAUUACCUCAGCAAUAGUAAUAGAAGACACCAGAAUUCAUUCUCUUUGACAUGCCGUAGGCCACAUUUCAACAGUUUAUUUUCAAUAUGGUACUCCAUCAUAACAUUCGCUUUUCAAGUUUACAUUGUUGUCAACAGUAUUCAGAGGUUUACCAAAUACAUAGCUCUGCCGUGGCCAGUGGAUGACCAGCCGUUUGUGGAGUUGAAUGCUUAUGUUGCUCUUAUCGGGGCAGCGCUGAUCCUGUUACCAUUCUAUGUCGCUGCUUGUAUGGUUAAAGUAGGAAAUUUCGCUAACGAUGGAGGAAAAUGGGGUAGGAAUGACAAUAGCGAUAAGACUACAUAUGAAAAUUUGCAUGGUAAUAAACUCAGAAGAUGGUUUAAGAUAUUUUGGAAACACGGCGGACCAACAGCACCUUUCCUUCACAUAUGUGUAGCGUUCUGUUUGUUAUUGCCCAGGUUGUUAAUCCAGGCCCGUUUGAUCCAGCAUGGAUUUCUUAGUAAAGCUGAUCUCUGGAAUACGGAUCUGGAUUUUAUGAUUACCCACAAAGAUCGUUUGGUGGCGCUUAAGUUUCUUUCGACGAUAAAUGAAACUGAGAUUUCUCAAAAGGAAGCAGGAGGUGUACAAGAAAGACCAAAAACAGUAACUGAAAAACACCUAGAAGACAUGGCUCCUAUCUCAUCAGAGUUUCUAAAUUAUGGAUUGGCCUUAUUUGUGUAUGCAGUGCGCUACCCAUCAGUCUUCUGGCGGGUCAACAAGGGUUUUUCCUUUAUAUUUUCGAUUGAGACUGUUCUCACUGCCUUGCAACAACUUCUUGCUUUUACUGGGUUCACGGUUCUCUACAAAGUUCACAUAUAUGGACCUUCACAGGUCCUUUUGAGGUUCAGUCCGCUACUUCUCAACAUUUUGCUAAGUUUAUUGCUAUUUUUGGCUUAUAAUAUUGUUUUAUUGAUGUCCUCCAGCAUUCUAUACAUUUAUGGGCUUCAAAAGUUCCGUGAAUUUGAAGAACAACAAGUCCAGAAACGUCACAUCUCCUGGACAGAGGAAUCUCGACGUCUCUGGGGUUACAUUCCCCACCUGAGUGCCCUCUUAACGCUUUUUCUGGCGAUCUCGAUCUCCGCACCUUUAAUGUACGAUUUUACGUUAGUUUACUGUGGUAGUUUGGAUGGAGCCGUUUUUGUUGGGGUAAUUGGCACCGUAAUGCAUCUUUUACUUUGGGUGUUACUAUGGCUAGGCCUCACUGUCAAACAGUCUUGGAGGUUCAAACGUUCCAAAGAUAUAAUUCACCCCUUUAACUGUGGUAGAUCAAAAACAGGUAAUGGUUCUGAACUAGAACUGUUGAAUGAUAAAAUGGAGUUACCACUACUAGUUAUUGAAAAUGGUCAGACUUACCACAUAACAGAAAAAACACCAAAAGAUGCCAUCAUAGACAUAGUGCAGACAUGCAUGAUGCAUGAAUCUUCACUAAACGAUUAUGAAGACAUCUACUGGUUGAAAUCCAACUUUUCUUUCUCAAAAUAUGUGGAUAGGUCAGUAGAAUGUGACAGAAAGUCACAGUGCAAAAUUCAACACAAAUCGUCUUUUUCCAAGCAGCAGAAAGUCACAUUUGAAGAUGGGCUUGCCGGAACUCCUGUUAAGCGAGUGAGAUCCUUUAACAGUAAAUCAUCAAACAGUGUCGGAAGAACCAGAAAACCACACGUUAAAUUUCAAAAUGAUUGUAUUAUCAACUCGAGUAGCGGAGAUUAUACAACUCUGCGAGAAUUAGUCAGUGAUAGAGGCGAUGAAUUUCAAAGACCAACACUAAAGUUUCAGAGCUGGUCUCCUCUCCGAUUCACGGACCAGUACAAUGGAAGUGUACGCCCUCUGUUGGAUGAAGGAGACUACAGUUUGCUUUUUGACAACCGUCGAAUUCCUAACAGGAUCUUAACUCCUGUUGUUGUUCACAGUGGCCUCCCAGCUACACCAGGUGACUCUACUCCACGCAGCACCCUUAGCACUGAUUCAGGAAUUACUAAAAGUCAGGGAGACGAAAGUAAUUCCGAAGAUAAUCUGACUGGAUCCAUCAGUGAAUCCUCCACCUCUCCUGAUAAGACAGGUAGUGACUCUUCCAGUGGAGUUCAUUGUAAUUACGUUACGAUUGAAAAGAGGUCAUGUAGUCUAGAAAACGUACCAGCUAUGAAGCCACCAAGGUUCAAGUGGAAAACCUUUUCAUUACAACGCCACCUGAAUCCAUCUACCGGAAAUGACUUGAUUGAUAAUUCCACGCUCAUUGCCUCGUCAUUACCGGAAAAUCAGUUAUAUGACGACUUUUGCGAACCAACUAUGAUAAUUGGGCAACAAAAUAAUCUGUCUAGCGAUAUUCAAGAUGGCAUACACAAUGAAAGAUUUGUUGGAGUUACGAAUAUGCAAAUAGCAUCAUUAAACGAACAGUCUGAUUGCAUGGAAAGUCCAGUGCUCGCUACUUCUUUCCACAACGACUCUACCCCUUCUUGGCUUCAGUAUCCGACCUUGGGCGAUAGUGAACUUUACAAUAAAACGUAUUUUGUUGGACAGCCUGUGCAUAAUGAAAGGUUACUUCUGAAUCAACAAAACAAAAGAGAUUCAGCCAACUUCUCAUUAGCCUCCUCUGGAGAUUCGGAUAAUAAUGUACUUCAUUCUUAAUCUCCUCGGACCAACAAUAUAGUAGUUAUGGCAAUGUGUACAUAAAACUGGCAAUGCAGAUCACUAAGUGCCUGGUUAGCCUUGAUACAAACUCUGUUUAUUUGUAUACUUCUAGAAAAUUAGUUGUUUGACAUCAGGGGUUAAAUUGGGGCGGAACGAUCCGGAACGGUAUUCUACCAUUGAGGAUUCAAGUCAUUAGCGUACCUGGUCUUCUCACUGGAACGUCAAAGUGAAUCACAAAAGGGUGUUCCACCUCUUCUAAUAUCGCAACUUAACUACUAUAUGUCACGACUACGAUUUAUUCAAAGUACAUUUCGAAGUUUUGUGCUGUGAAUUUUCUGAAUGGCAUACUUUGUUCUCAGUCUACGAUCGCCAUGUAGAACUGACUACAGAAGUAUACCUAAGAAACGAUCUUGAGUGCAAUAUUCUCGUCUGUAGCGUUGUUGAGUAGUGUAUGAAGAGAGGGAGCUUAUAGUUAUGUUCAUCUUAAUUAGAUAUUUGUGUCUAAGAAGUUUCAAAUGAUUUUCACGUUUUUAAUUUCGGGUGAGAAGUGGUAAGGAUUUCGAUGCUAAUGUGUUCAAAGCUAGAUAAUAUCAUUCGUUUCUAUGUUUUAUGGAGUACUUAGCGCAAACUGGAAUAUUUUAGCCAUUUUGCUACAAUUAAUGUGAAAUGUUUAAAAAAAAAUGUUCAAGUGAGAAUUGAUUGCUUGCUCAGUACUGAGAUAUUGUCAUUAUUAACGCUCAGUAGUAAGUCUGAAAGCUAAAAACUGGGGUUCGAAACUCAUGUUGUGCACAGCACAGACAGCUAAUUGUGUAGCUUUGUGCUUAUCAAACAAACAAACCAUCAUCAACAGCUAAUAUUUAUGGUACUACAAUUUAAUCUCUAAAAUAGCACCAUUUUAAAAUUUUAUUAUUGGUUCGCGUUUCUCCUUUGUGAAUAAUUAAAAUCUGAGGCUUCAAUUGGACAAGUUGAGCGUAUCUUUUCUGUUAGAUGUUGAUAAAAUGCUCUUGACAAUUUCUUUUAACACUUUGCCCAUUAAUGGUAAAAGGUUUUAUAAACUGUAACGUUACUGCUCAUGGUCGUCGUUUUAUAUUUCAAGGAUAUGUUAUAUCAGUAGUAAAAACACUAAAACUGAUUAUACUCCUGAUUUACCCAAGUAUUGAAUCGAUAAUUGUGGACAUUUUGGUUUCAGCUACAUUUAAUUAUUGGUAAUUAAAUUUGUAUUCGCAUGUGCUUACUCUGAGUACACUUGAACAUUUUAAAAUUGAAAACAGACAGGAACUCAAACAAAAAUAUAUGAUAAUAUCAGUGAAUAUUUUGAAAAACGAUGUUUAUAUAGUAUAUAGUAGUGAUUGGUACUUAAACUACUUAUCGUUUGAGGUUAAUUGUCCUCUUUUUGUUAAACGCAUCUACAAGUUCCAUUUGUUUUUAUAUUUUAAGUAAUAGGGACAGGUUUGUUAUCUGA